UUUCUCCAGAACCCGAGAUUCUCGGGUGCCCACUGAGUCGGGUGUCCAGCCGGCUCCCAUCGAGUUUGGCCCAUCAGUCCCGCGCGCAGCUCGCGUCCUGCAGACCCAAGGUUGCAACCCAAGGUUGGGGGACUGAGUUCCCCUGAGGUCUGCAGCACAGUUCCCGCCCGUUGCUUGCGGAGAUGCCUGGGAAGAAGGCGCGUAAAAACGCGCAGCCGAUCCCGACGCGGGCCCUGGCAGAGCUUGAAGUGGAGUGUGCCAUGCAACUCAGAAGAAUUGGAGACAAACUGAGUUUCCGGCAGAAACUUCUGAAUCUAAUAUCCAAGCUCUUCCGCUCAGGAACCUGACUGCUGCUGAAGCCUUCUGAUGAGGAGACUCCUUUAAAAUGAGAUUCCCCAGCAGGUGCAUAUUUCAGCAGUUAGAGGAGAGACUGCCUUAUAAUGGAGAAGAAUGGGAAGGAGCUCUCACUUGCCCUUGGAAAUGAAGAUGGGAUACAUCACAAUGAAUUUCUACUAGAGGUUUCCCAGAAGUCAUUCUUUGGGAAUGUAAGAACAUUAUCAAACCACAUUGUUUAUUUUAAAGCAAAAAUUGAAGAGCUUUGAGAAUACAGAAAGAAUUGUUUAUACGUUUUGUUUUUGCUUAGAGAAUUGUUCUAGUAUUUUUGCUGGAGGUUGCUGCCCAGUGUAGUGGGAGAGGAAUUGACAAAAUGAUGAGAAUGUGGACAGGGUCCAAGAAAUAGAAUAUGUUCAGUGUUUAUUUCUACUUGGAGAUGACAACCCUAGAACAAUGUGUAAUGUCUGGUUUAUAUAUAUAUUAUCUAGUUAAAAGUAAAAAUUUUAUUCUGAGAACACUGAAUGUCAUAAUGAAUGUUGAUUUCAUAGGCCACUACAAAAUAGAAAAUAAUUUCCAUAAUUUGUUUCUUUUGACUUUAAUAUGUAUUACUGCUGUUCAGGUGAACUUCCAGUAAAUGUGCCCCUGUGAGCCUUAACUAAAAAGUAUGUAAUUUGAAAAAAUUUGAUAGAAGUUAUAAGAGUAUUUCUUGGUGCCAGAAACAUUCUUGUGGGUUGAAUAUUAAAAUAUAAAGAGCGUGGGGAAUUUACAUAACCAGGAAUAAUAAUUUUUAAAAAAGCGAAUUCAACUUCUUACUGCUGUAGUUAAAACUUAGUAAAACAAAUAUUGUAAAGUAACUAUAAGAAAAUGAAUGUAUCUAGUUUCUAAAAUCUCAAGUUCCCUUUCUCCUAUUAGUCGGUGUGUAUCCUAGGAAUAUUGAUCUUUUAAGAGAAAUUAAGCAUGUUUUCAUGUUUGGGAUGUACUUUAAAAAAAAAGGGUGGGGGAAACAGAUUGCUCAUCCAGAAUGAAAAUCCCAUUUAUAUACAUGAAUAUAAAUUUUGCAUUAGAAUAAUAUGUAGAUUCUGAGAAGGAUUUCAUGCAUUUUUUUUUGUUUUAAUUAAAAGGCUACACUAUCAACAAAGUCCCCAAAUAUAUAUUAAAAAAAGUGAUGAUUGGGGCCGGCCGAGUGGCACGAUGGUUAAGAGCUGGCUUGGGACGCCA